GUAAUGACUUUGCUUUGUAAAAUACAUUAUAACUAAAAAUGUUUAUAAAACCGUCAAAUCAAUCGAUAUAAAACCAGAAAAGUAACUUGUGAAAUAACAAAACGUGUCUAUUCAAAUCAAAUAAAUGUCAGGUAUAAUUCAUGAUAAGUGAAAAAAUCAAAUCCGCACGUCAUCGGAUUGAAACUGGAUCUUUACAUGUUUUUUCAACUUGUAUAAAUAAUUAUGCAACCUCCACGUUCUAACAUACCGCCCCCUCGACCUUCGCAAAGCCCCUCAAGGCACCCAAAUAUGAUGAAUAAUGAACCUUCUGGUCGGCCUGGGGGCGGAACAGGCUCCGGUUUGUUUUCUUCUAUUAAAGGAGGCGCCGGGAGUUUUCUAAAAAACUUAAAAGAUACUUCUUCUAAAGUGAUGCAAUCUGUACAACAAACUAUUGCCAGGAAUGAUUUGGAUAUUACUUAUGUCACCAGCAGGAUUAUUGUCAUGCCGUGUCCUUCAGAAGGCUUGGAAAGUGCUUACAAAACCAAUAGUAUCGAGGAUGUUAAGAUAUUUUUUGAGACUCGACAUCAGCCUAAUACGAUAAGUGUGUAUAAUCUAGGUCCAAGAGGUACCCCACGUCUAGCACCUCCUGUACGGGUAAUAGAAGCAGGCUUCUCGCACUCACAUGGAUCACCUUGUGUGUCUGAUUUAGCACAUUUGUAUUCGGUAAGUGAGGAUAUGUACGGGUUUUUAAGACACGAUGAGAAACAUAUUAUAAUAAUACAAUGUCCUGAUGGUAAAUCUAUUUCAUCAACGUUUUUCUGCGCUUUGUUGCUUUAUGCAGGGCUUGUGUCGGUUCCUGAAGAUGCUCUGCAAAUGUUUGCAGUAAAACGUAUGCCACCUAAUAUGCAACCAUCACAAUUACGUUAUUUAUAUUAUUUAAGUGAAGUUAUAAGCCCUGCACCUGUUAUUCCGCAUCAUAAACCGGUAACUUUAGUUUCUGUGAACAUAUGUCCGAUACCCAGGUCUACUAAACACCGAGACGGUAUCAGACCUUUUAUAGAAGUCACUUGUAACGACCAAGUUAUAUUAAGUACUUUACAAGAUUAUGAUAAAAUGAGAUUGUAUUCUCAUACCGAAGGUAGGGCUUCGAUACAAUUAAAUGUAACUGUUUGUGGAGACAUCACAAUAACACUUUUACACGCCCGGAACAGUCUUGGUGGUAUGGGGCGUCCUAAUGGGGUUAAAGUAUGUCAAUUACAACUGCAUACUGGUUUUAUAUCAGAAGAAGAAACGAAUUUAAAGUUUAGUAAAUCAGAUUUGGAUUAUUUAGCAGAUGGUGGGUCUGGUGAAAUUGUGCCAAAUGGUUUUUGUCUUGCCUUAAGUGUAUUUGUAGGUGAUAGUGAAAGACCACCAACUCGUAAUCCACCCUGGACGAGCACAAAAGCACCAAGGGAUUCAACAGUUUUAUUCGGGUCGCAAUUGGAAUGUGAAGAAACCGUUGAUAAUUUUGUUUCUAAACCUGCACCACCAAGGCCAGCGCCACCAGCUAUGAAACCUGUACGACCAGCUCCACCAAGACCCGUUACACCAAAUUUGUCCAGAAACAGCACUCCUGAACCACCCAAAGAAGCCGUAUCAGAUUUACUGAAUCUUAACCAAAACGAUGUACAACAUACACAAGACAAUGUAGUUGUUGAAGAAAACGUGGACUUUUUGGGACUAGGAAAUGAUUUGAACGAAUCUUUUACCCCCUUGAACGACAUAUUAGGAGAACCAAACACCAAACAAAACACAUUUGACUUUUUAGCUGGUGAUACGUUCAACAAUCAACCAUCAAAUGGACAAAGCAACACUUUCGAUCCAUUCGGUUUCGGGGACUCUGCCAAUGAUACUGAAUUGCUUAAGCCAAAAAUAACUAAAGAAUCUAGUCCAAUCGAACAGCAACAACAACAAAACGAGAAACAGAAAACUAAAGAUCCUUUUGCAGAUUUGGGUAAUUUAUCUGCAGGAUUGAAUACGUCCUGGGGGAGUGCACAGUCUGCUGGAACUAGCCCUAGAUCUACUCAAUUUUCGAGUCCUUCUCAUCACAAUCAGACACCGGGAGGCAGAUCACCACAUAAUGCACCUACUACACCUGUACGGAGCCCUAGAGAUGGAACAGGACCAGACUACAGUCGUUCCCACUUCGAAACAGUGUCACCAAACCAGCAACAAAGUGGCGGUAACUGCAAACCAAAACCGACAUCCACCGACGUCUUCGGGGAUCUUCUAGGCUCCCAAGGCUACACUUUCACAGCCCAAAAAACCCAAAACACUCCUCGAACCAUAAACGACAUGAGAAAAGAAGAACUAGUACGGGAAUUAGAUCCUGAACGUCUAAAAAUCCUUGAAUGGACUGAAGGAAAAACCGGGAACAUCCGAGCUUUACUCUGUUCCCUGCACACAGUCGUCUGGGAGGGUUGUAGAUGGACAAAAUGCGAAAUGCAUACCCUGGUUUCUGCAGGAGAUGUAAGAAAAGCUUACAGAAAAGCCUGCCUGGCAGUUCAUCCUGAUAAGCAGAUGGGCACGGAUAAUGAGAAUAUUGCUAAGUUGAUUUUUAUGGAGCUGAAUAAUGCUUGGAGCGAUUUUGAAAAUGAUUCUGCGCAACAGAACAUGUUCGGCAGUUAAGGGAUGUAAGAGAUUGAUAAGGGGUUCGAUGUGUGAAAUCAGAUUGUUAUGUAUUUAACAAUAAUUGUUAAUUAUUAUGAUAAUGAAUAUAGAUUAUAUGUUGAGUAUUGAGAUGGAAGUUACUUUAAUACUUAUUAGGUUUGCUUCGAUAUUGUAGCUUCAUGUAUAUUUUUUUACUUUGUGUUAUAU